AUGAAAAAGUGUUUUAUAAUUAAACAAUCACACAUUAUUUUUUUUUUAUGCACUUUUUUAAAUGAUAAUAAUUGGCAAAAAAUACAUACACAAAGGGAAAAAACACAAAUAAAAAAAAAACAAUGUUGA